CCAAGAACCAGGCUUUGUGCAUACUUUUCUCCGCGGCACGUCGCUCCCUCUAAAUUUCUUCUCCCUUUCAACAAUCACCGUUCUUAACAGCAGCCACCACCCCUUUCGCCGAUCGUAUCAAAUGACAGUUCCUCAACAAACCUUCUUCUUCAAGUACCAAAUGCGUGUUACCCUCCAGCUCGAAUCUCUGCUUCCCGUCCAAAUUGAAGUGCGCGCCGAUCCUGAGCGUCGCCGUGGCUCAUUUUGAAUUCUAAAUCGCGCCGCUUGGGACGAUCCAUAGAGCGGUGCCAACUAGAAUCGUAUUUGGACGAAAAAAAGUCACGACGAUACCCAGAACAACUUACCUUUGCCCUUUAAAUAACAGCGCGCGCAUACCAUGAUAAACUCUUCGCCCAACCAGCCUAUCCGGGCGCCUGGCAACCUCGUUACUCCUGCGGCCUCCGGCGACGAGGAUUCAGACGGCGGACAUAAGGCUGGCUAUAUCACGCCUGUCAAGGCUCUCCAACGAGGUCGUAACCGUAUCGACGAUAUUGUGAGCGCCAACUGCAGCCCAGUUCUCCGCGCCAACCCUUCACCUACCAUGUCUGGCAUCGCCAAACUGCGUUUGCAAAUGGAUCCUCUCAGCCUGGACAAUACAUCUAGAUCCAGCUCUAUUACCCGCGCUGACCGGGCUAUCGAGUACGCAUCUGAUGGACGCAUCAUCGACAGUAGAUCGCAGAGCCGCGCGAGGAGUGAGGCUGGAAGUGAGGUAGCAUCUGAAACUGGCUCCACCAGCUACGAGGUUAACCUGGAGCAUGACUUUGUUAGUGAAAGCGUCAGAGAAAGAGGUGGUCUAAUGGAAGUGUUCGAAGGCGGUCUCCAUCCAAGACGCAAAAUGACGUCCGAGGAAUUCGAACCUCUGCGCUGUCUUGGCAAGGGGACAUACGGGACUGUGCUCCUAGUCAAGCAAAGAGCUACAGGCCGGCUGUAUGCCCAAAAGCAGUUCAAAAAGGCUUCGCUCGUCGUGCACAAGAAGCUUGUGGAACAGACCAAGACAGAACGUCAAAUUCUUGAAUCUGUGAAUCGCCACCCAUUUGUUGUGAAGUUGUUUUAUGCCUUCCAAGAUCACGAAAAGUUAUAUCUCAUCUUAGAGUAUGGCCAGGGCGGUGAACUCUUCACACAUUUGAAUACCGAGAAGAUGUUUUCCGAAUCUGUAGCGGCGUUCUAUAUGGCGGAAAUGCUCUUGGCUAUUUCCCACUUGCAUAACAACCUUGGAGUGGUCUACCGCGAUUUGAAACCAGAGAACUGCCUAUUGGAUGCCGAAGGUCAUCUUCUCCUCACCGACUUUGGACUAUCUAAAGUCGGUGUUGAGCCCACUGACAGCUGCAACUCGAUCCUGGGCACUGUGGAAUAUAUGGCCCCCGAAGUCAUUCUCGGCAAGAAAUAUGGCAAACCAGUUGAUUGGUGGUCCUUUGGAGCCCUGGGUUACGACCUCAUGACUGGAAACCCCCCAUUCCGUGGCCAAAACCAUGCUAAGAUCCAGGAGAAUAUUGUCAAGCAGAAGCUCAUCAUGCCAUACUUCCUCAGCCCUGACGCGAAGGACCUUCUGACAAGACUUCUUCGCAAGGAGCCGAACAAGAGACUUGGAUCAGUUAUGCCCAAAGAUUUGCAAACACUCAAGGGCCACCGCUUUUUCCGCAAGAUUGACUGGAAGAAACUUGCCGCACGCGAGGUUGAGCCUCCUAUUCAGCCUAUGAUUACAGAUCCCGAGUUGGCAGAAAACUUUGCACCUGAGUUUACAGAACUUUGCUUGAGCCCUGUGAUUACCAGCACUGAUGCAUGGGCUAGAAGCCUUCCGCGCGAUGACCCCUUUGGCGGAUUCAGUUUCGUGGCUUCUUCGAGCCUUCUGGAGAGCAACAGCUUUCCCCUUAUGACAGGGGUUUAAAUUGUCUUUCAUGAUGACUUGCAAUGCAAUAUCCGUGGACAAUAAAUUGGCUUCGAAAAAGGCUGGUUAUAUUUUAGACUAUCGAAUUAUGACGCCAAAAGCAGAUGAACACUUGGAGCGAAGACGCUCAGUAAUCUUUCCACUUGGAAUACAGGUAGACAGUACAGCGCUGUACAGGAUGACGCGAUCAUAGACCACAUAGACUAGCAACACUGAUUGCGAGGAAAUGGUGAAAGAGGAACGAUGAUGAGAUGAAGUAAUGGAGAGUUUGAAAUGAGUUGACGAGAGCGAUGCCAUACAUUUGAGUUUUUUUCCUGUUACCGUAUUUGAGCUUUGAUAGAUAUGUGGAGAGUAUUCAAAAUAUUCUCGUGUUUUCGUUUUCGUUUCACAGCGUAGACUGCUACCUUUCAAGUAUAAAUUGACAGAGAUCAUCGGGUUUAGAAACUGGCGAUGCUGCACGGAAUGCGGGUUUGCAACUGACAUUGAAGUCGGCAGUGGCGCCAUCGGGCACUGGAUUCCAAAUUCGGUUGAGCGAGGACCAUCUCCAACUCAAGGUCCGGCAUGUGAAGGAACUGUACAUCGCUUUCGAGGUAAUGAUGAACUUUUACUUGGCAACUCUUACAAAAUGGAAGAUAGAUGACGUGUGCAUCUAUUCGUAAGGCUUUAUCAUAUAUAUAUCGAUCCACUGGUAGCGGAUAUAGGGCGAGAGGCUCAAACGACACGGAGAGCUAAGCGACGGUCUUUGUGGCGGAUCACCUUAGUCGCCAAGCCCUCCAGCCUAAGUUUGAGCUAAGGCGGCCAAGAAUCCCAUAGAAAAAAUAGCUUCGGUCGACGCGUAAGAAUUUAUCCGUUGAUAAUCGGGUGUAGCGUGAAUGCGAACUCGAGCCUGAUAAUAUAUACUUAUCGUAAUGCGUUGCGUGUUGGCCGUAGGUGAUGGUGUUUAAGUGGGAACACGCUGUGGAAUUGGACCGUGUCGGUCGGAUCGAUUUAGCCGCACGCCGACUCAACGACUGUUGAUGUGCCAUCGCUGUGC